CGUAGACCCAGAGAACUGUGGUAGUGGAGACCGAAGUCCACAACGAGUGUGGUAUCACGAGAGGCUGCGCGAGAGAAGAACGUUUGACAGCCGAAGGACUCGAAACGGAGUAGCCGGCCGAGGAGGGGCGCAAAGUUGAGAGGAGGGGGGCAAAGCUGAGAGGAGCGGCGAUGGCUCGAUCACUCUUUCCCGUGGUGGCCGCCAUGGCGGCCGUGGUUGUCGUUUCGCUUCUGAGCGCGGCCGUCCCUGCGAGCGCUAAGCCGCCGAAGGUGACGAUCGAAUCGGUCACGUACAUGGGCUCCGGCUGCAACUGGCAGAAUACCAACUACGUCUUGUCCAACGACUACUCGACGGUCACUUUCAUCUUUGGCGAUAUGAUUGCCACCACGGACGGAGGGCUGGCCAACAGGAGGAAGAACUGCCAGGCGUCGCUCGGGUUGAAGUACCCCAAGGGCUGGAGUCUGUCGCUGGGAAGCGUGACUGGCCGUGGCUACGGCAAGCUCGAUAAGGGCGUGGAGGGCACCUAUCAGACGAGCUACUACUUCUCCGGACAGACGGGGACCUCGUACGCCAAGCGCACUCUCAACGGCAAACUGGAGCUCAACUACGAGUACACCGACGUCUUCGGCCUGCUCGUGUGGAGCCAGUGCAACAACGUGCCGAACCUGAACAUAAACUCCGAGGUGAGAGUCGACGGUCCGGCGGGUCGCAACGGCAUCAUGACGCUGGAUUCCACGGACAAGAAGUUCAAGCUCAUCUACCGCCUCAACUGGAGGACGUGCUGAUGAUGAGAGGCUGAUCUGCAUCGAGCGAAUUACAAUCUCUCUGUGAAGACGUCCUCGGGGACGGCAGUUUAAAUAGAUAGGCGCAGACGCGGGUGUGGAGUUUUGUCUACGGCUCUAGAUAGGGAUAGCUAUGGAGGAGGAGAUGUACAGCCAUCGUUACGCUGUUGCCGCCCUCCCUGAGGUUGUAGGCAGGGCUUCCCAGCAGCUGUGCAGUGUCCGCACAUCAUCAAGAUGAUGUAUCGACGUAUCGUGUCUUCUAGCUAGCCUCUUGUUUGAGAAUUGCUCCAGGGACUCACCGGAUUCAGAAGAGAUUGAACAUGCGAAUACUUCAUUUUAUUAGUUGGGCAAGACAAUGCUCCAUUUUUCCUCGUUAUUGUUGCAAUGCGUGAAUCAAGUUGAAAUCUCAUUCCUCAGUUCUGCACUUAUCGUACGCCACUCUUCUCUCUCUCUCUCUCUCCCUCUCUCUCUCUCUCUCUCUCUCUCUCUCUAGGUAUGUACAUAUAUAUUGUGACGAUAUAUACAUAUAUAUAUAUAUAUCGUGUAUAUAUAUAUAUAGCCUCCUGAUGAGUCGGUGAAACUCCGACGAAACAGUUUGUCACAGCCCCUCGUUUGUUGUCCUCUUCUCCCUCUCUGCCUACGGUUUACCGGGCAGUUCUAUUUGACGAUAUAUAUCGUAUAUAUAUAUAUAUACACACGUAGAAAUAUCCAUCUCUCUCUCUCUCUCUCUCUCUCUCUCUCUCCAUCGUAUUAUGUUUAUGUUCGCAUCGUCAAUAUGUUCUGAAGAAUCAGUCAAACGUAGUUCUCUUGAUUCAGAUGUCUUCAAAAAAAUACAUGCUCAUGUGCUGUGUCGGCUCCCUUAUUACGUUGCCACGUUGGUCAAUCUGUGUAUGCGCUGUGCAGAUGUCAAUCCUUGCACCCCUCAGCAGGUCCUGUUACUUGAUACCCCACUGCUUUCACCUUUCUCUACUGACUGCAGUCCCUGAAAACGCCUCCACUGUUGUCAACUCAGCUGAUGUCCGGCCACCUGAUACAACUUAACCCUUGUGUGUAGACCCACCUUAGCAGACGGCACAUCCCCAGUUUUUUCAUCCCAACUGGAUUUAACUGAUAAUAUGUUUGCCAACUGUUACAUUUGUGUGGCAGUCAGCAACAUGCACUUGUAAUCGGCUUCAUAUUAGGUUGGUAAAAGUACUUAGAUUUUUCCACCAGAACACAUAAGAUUUUUCCACCAGAACACCAAGUACCUUAACGCUUGACUACACUGCGGUUUUAUUUGUUGGCAGUUGCCAAUGCUUGAUGCACCCACCGCUCAACAAGGAACCUCUGCAGCUCAGCUCAUUCCUGGCGGAGUGCACCCCGAGCCUAAAACCGGGCAAACAGGUGCAUUUUCAAACUGUUUUUUACCCUUUGAUUAAUUGGAAGCCCAUUCGAACUUGGCCGCGAGAGGACAAUUGAAAGCCCAUGGGGACCCUUGUAAAAAAUGGGGACCCUCUUCCGAGUAACAAAUGUGAAGGCCACUG